AUGCGCGGCCUCUGCACAGCACAGGCCGCCGCGGCUCGCCAUGGCGGGCGCGCUGAGCGGCAUGUUCGCCAACCAGCCGCCAGGGCCCCCGCCGCCGCCGCCGGGACCUCCCGGCGGGCCCGGCCCGGCCGGCCUUAUCCCGCCUCCCACGGGGCCGCGCAAUCCCAACAACACGCUGGUGGACGAGCUGGAAGCGUCCUUCGAGGCCUGCUUCGCCUCGCUGGUGAGCCAGGACUACGUGAACGGCACGGACCAGGAGGAGAUCCGCACCGGUGUUGAUCAGUGCAUCCAGAAGUUUCUGGAUGUUGCCAGACAAACUGAAUGCUUUUUCCUACAAAAACGACUGCAGCUAUCAGUCCAGAAACCAGAGCAAGUAAUUAAAGAGGAUGUUUCAGAACUAAGGAAUGAAUUGCAGAGAAAAGAAGCAUUAAUUCAGAAGCAUUUGGGUAAACUGCGACACUGGCAACAGGUCCUGGAAGAUAUCAGUGUACAGCACAAAAAGCCUGCAGAAAUGCCUCAAGGUCCAUUAGCUUACCUAGAACAGGCAUCUGCUAAUAUUCCUGCUCCAAUGAAGCAAACGUGAUCUCUGACUUUACGUAUCUGAAUAUUUUCAACAGUGCAAAGCAGCAGUGUUCUUUUUACUUUGUAUGCUUUUUGUAUGAUGUAAAUUGUACUACAAAUAUAAAUCGUUAAGACAAUUAAGCAAAAUAAAUUACCUUUUUUUUUUUUUUUUUUUAAAUACAGAUUGGUUUUAUAUUUCAGUCGAAAAUACGCCGAGUUGCUGUUCAGGAUGCUUUCUGGUAGAAGGGUAUUUUCCGGAAUGCAUCCUCUUUCUUCUAGAAAGGGUGGCCCUAGCUCUCUCCUAACUAUAUGUUUGCUGGUAUGAUGAAAACACUUGCAAAGAUUAGUGUUUGCUUUUACUGGAAGAUUUAAAUAUUUUGUGAUCCAGUAAUUACCCAUAAGUACCACUGUAGAAGCACCCUUAGAAUUGUCUCUAGGUCAGAUUUUUGAAGUGAAUUGUCUUAUUUCCACGGGACUUCUGCUCACCUCAUGAAGGGUGCUCAGGAUGUACAAAUUUUAUAGGAUGAAAUGAAACUGCAAAAUUACAUACACCCUGGGGGUGUAUGUCAUGCAGACCCAGUGUUACUGGUGUUCUGUCUGGCAGGCUAGUGUAGAGAUGGUCCAAAAUACCUACCCCCAAAAUAAAGACCACUCAUCACCACUGUUCAGCUUGAAGAAUAAGCUCCUACUGGGCUGCACUAUUCAGUAAUCUAAACGUGGCCAAAGAAAAAUUUUGGAGGUAGAAACAGCAAAGGAAUUCUGUCUCUAUAUUACUAGGCCACAAACUUAAUUCAUCUGAAUAGGCAGGAAAGCCACUUUCUAGGGACACCAUUUUGGGGACAGAAUUAAUUAGAAUAUUGUAACCCCAAAAAUUAGAAUUGGUAAUUGUGUAUUGAACUUCCUAGUGUGCUUUAAAAGUUUUUGGGGCAGAGUGGGUGAAAACUAAUGAAAACCAGCUCUAUACAUUUUGGAUAUUCUCACGGAUACUCAGGCACUCGUCAGUGUUACUUACUGUACACCAUUUUAUCCUCUUCCUGACUGCGUGUAUAACAAGUGUCUUUUUGCCAAAUCUGUUUGAUACAAGAAGAGGUUAAGGUGGAGCUAUGCCUCUGUACACGUAAAAUUUGUUACAUAGCUGGGCCCUGCUUGUUGAAAUUAAGUGGGGAUUCAAAUCAUACAGUAGUCGAAGAUGAACUAUUCUAUCUUAAACACUAGGCUGCUGGUAGCACGAGCCCCUGCCUUUCAUAUUUGUUGAUUAAUUGUUGAGGGUUAAUUUCUUCAUGAGUGUCUUUCCUCCCAGUAAUGAGUUCGCUAGCAUGAUCUGAUAAAUGUCAUUCGCCCACUUGGCGUUUUGGUGGGCAUAGGAACAAUAUUGAGAUAAAAUGUACAAGUACACAGUUCCCAUAAAUCUGGAACUCUGUACCUGACUCACACUUGAGCAUACCAGGACUAUUUUGCAAAACAUGGAAAUGGAUUAUUUACAAGCAAAUUUUAAUAUUCAUACUUACAUAUUAAUCUAAUUUAUCAGGCUGAUUGUUACAUGUAUUGAAGUAGAACAGGAAUAUUAUAUUGCAGGGCUGAUUAUACAAAACA